AUGCAUGGCACAACCAACUUGGUUACAUACUUCAUGUCACCAAAUAAGAGUAAUAGUGUUGUCAUUGAACAACUAAAUGAAGAAGAUGAAGUUGCAAUUGAACCAAAACAAAGAAAACAAAAAAUAGUUCAUGAUCCCCAACAUGAAACUUGUAGUUCAUCAUUACCACUUGUGGUUUAUGGAGGGGAUAAUCAAGACAAGGAAGCACCAUCAAGUGAAACAAGGAAUAAUCAAGACAAGGAAGCACCAUCAAGUGAAACAAGGGAUAAUCAAGACAAGGAAUCACCAUCAAUCGAGACAAGGGAUAAUCAAGACAAGGAAGUACAAGAAGAACAUGAGCUUAAUGCAGCAACUGUGUAUGUACCAAUGGAUGUAUCUGAAAUGUUGAAUGUAGACUUUGAUCCAUUUGAAGGGUUGCAUGAUAGUGAAAACAACAAAACAGACCGCACAACAAUCCACCUUGGUAGUGAAUAUCAAGACUUUGAUCAAGAUAACUGGGUUUCAUUUGAUGGUCAAUCAGAUGAGUUAAAUUCAGAAGAGGGUGAAGAUGAUUACAGUGAUGAUGAUAGUGCUUCUAAAUAA